CCGCCAUCUUGGGCGCCUCGGAUCGACAAUAAAGGAGCGAGGAGCCGAGCGGCGCCGCCUCGGUGAUUGAAGUGAGAGAAUCCAUAUAUAUAACUCAACCUCCUUAGAGAGCUUUUAAAAAUAAAAAGUUGCUUCGGUGCAUGAGAGCAAGUUACUGCUGCUCACCGGUCAGAGACUUACAGGCGCUUGCUUGCCUGCAUUGCAAUAAGGGACUCAAUAUUGAGCAAGACAUAUUUAUCUCUUCGUUUUGGAGAGCCUAAUAAACUGUAUUACAGUUUCUCUACUGACUUUCAAAAGUUUUAAAGUUUGGAAGAGACAUCUGUACAUUUAAUACAGCAUGAGCACGGCCAGAACAGAGAACCCUGUUAUAAUGGGUCUGUCCAGUCAAAAUGGUCAGCUGAGGGGCCCUGUAAAGCCCAGUGGUGGCCCCGGAGGAGGGGGCACACAGACACAGCAACAGAUGAACCAGCUGAAAAACACCAACACAAUCAACAAUGGCACUCAGCAGCAAGCACAGAGUAUGACCACCACUAUUAAACCUGGUGAUGACUGGAAAAAGGCUUUGAAACUCCCUCCAAAGGACCUAAGAAUCAAAACUUCGGAUGUAACCUCCACAAAAGGAAAUGAGUUUGAAGAUUACUGUUUAAAGCGGGAGUUACUGAUGGGAAUUUUUGAAAUGGGCUGGGAAAAGCCAUCUCCUAUUCAGGAGGAGAGCAUUCCCAUCGCUCUGUCUGGCAGGGACAUACUGGCCAGAGCGAAGAACGGAACGGGCAAGAGUGGCGCCUACCUCAUCCCCCUACUUGAACGGCUCGACCUGAAGAAGGACAACAUACAGGCAAUGGUGAUUGUUCCCACAAGAGAACUUGCUCUGCAGGUCAGUCAAAUUUGCAUCCAGGUCAGCAAACACAUGGGAGGGGCCAAAGUGAUGGCAACCACAGGAGGAACCAAUUUACGGGAUGACAUAAUGAGGCUCGACGAUACAGUGCACGUGGUAAUAGCUACUCCUGGGAGAAUCCUGGAUCUUAUCAAGAAAGGAGUAGCAAAGGUUGAUCAUGUCCAGAUGAUAGUAUUGGAUGAGGCAGAUAAGUUGCUGUCACAGGAUUUUGUGCAGAUAAUGGAAGAUAUUAUUCUCACGCUACCUAAAAACAGACAGAUUUUAUUAUAUUCCGCUACUUUCCCUCUCAGUGUACAGAAGUUCAUGAAUUCCCAUUUGCAGAAACCUUAUGAGAUUAACCUGAUGGAGGAACUGACUUUGAAGGGAGUAACUCAGUACUACGCAUAUGUAACUGAGCGCCAAAAAGUACACUGCCUCAACACGCUGUUCUCCAGGCUUCAGAUAAACCAGUCAAUCAUUUUCUGUAACUCCUCUCAGCGAGUUGAAUUGCUAGCCAAGAAGAUUUCUCAACUGGGUUAUUCUUGCUUCUAUAUCCAUGCUAAAAUGAGGCAGGAACAUCGGAAUCGUGUCUUUCAUGACUUCCGAAAUGGCUUAUGCCGCAAUCUUGUUUGCACUGAUUUGUUUACCCGAGGUAUUGAUAUACAAGCUGUGAAUGUGGUAAUAAACUUUGACUUCCCGAAGCUGGCAGAGACCUAUCUCCAUCGUAUUGGAAGAUCAGGUCGCUUUGGUCAUCUUGGCUUAGCUAUCAACUUGAUCACAUAUGAUGAUCGCUUCAACCUGAAAAGUAUUGAGGAGCAGCUGGGAACAGAAAUUAAACCUAUCCCAAGCAACAUUGACAAGAGCCUCUAUGUGGCAGAAUACCACAGUGAGCCUGUAGAAGAUGACAAACCAUAACAAGCAUGCUUUGACAAACUAAAGAAGGCUUGUUUGGAUCUGUGACACAUCAUUUUGGGGGGGUGCUCUUCUCUUUGUGGGUUUUUCAUUUUUUUUUUUUUUUUUUUUGGAACUAUGAAGACUUAACGCAGACAUUUUUUUCUUUUUUUAACUGGUGAAGAGAAAACGCUGAAAAGAAGGAAUAUACCUUUUUUGUUCCACUUGUUUGCACUGUGUGCCGACUGAACAUUAGUUGCACUAACUGCUGGUUUUAGAAAAUGCUUUCUGGUGAAGUGGGGGACAAGGAAGGAAGAGAAAGAAGAGAAUGGGAGAAACCCUAAAAAGAGAAGAAUCUUGAUGAAAACACAAGCUUGUCUAUGAUUUCAGAAUUCUUCAGCAGCUGACUCUCAAGUGCAUUUCAACUUCUCCCUGAUUACUCAUCCGUUUUUUAAGCCUGAAGAGCUUAUUACUUAUUUGUGCGAAGUGCCUUAUGCUAUGAGACCAUUCAGAACAUCAUCUUUUAGACACAGCCCAAGGAAUCAACAACAGCAAUUCUUUCAUUUUUCUUUUUAAAACUUUUUCUUUCAUUUUGGUUUCACAUUGAAGUCUCUUUCUUCCUUUUCUACUCAGUACUCAAGCCCAGGGCUGGAAGAUGAAACGUAUUAGUAAUGUUCAACACCAUUUUUUUUUCUUUUAAGUGGAGGAGUUGAUAUGCAACUGCAGUUCAUCUACACUGUAAAUACAUGUAUUUAAAAAAACAAUCCCAAGUAAAAAUUUCUUCUGGGCUGAGUAGAAGCAACAUCAUCGCUCCCAACGGAAAGAGCCGUCUAUGUCAUUGCAGGAGCCAUAUGACAAGCCUUUGUGCUCUGCAGCAGACACUAAAGACUGGUCACAUGCGCCUCAUUAGCAGCUGUGGCACUUGGUGUAGACGUGUCAGCCUGACCCUCUUUCCUCUGUGGUGACGCUUGUCCCGUAGAAAAUUGGGUGUGUAUACUUGUAUAAACUUUGUAAAUACGUUUUUUUCUGGGUUCAUAUAUAUAUAUGUGUAUGUAUAUAUACAUAUAUAU